CCGCCAGCGCCUCAGCCUGCUGCUCCGCCCGCGCCUCCUGCUCCCGGCUCGGCCCCAGCGCGCCGGCUCCCGAGCGCCCUUGGGCGGCGCGGGGCCCGCGGUGCAGAGUCCGCCAACCCCGGACCCGCGUCCCGCACCCUGACGGUCCCGAGCCAUGGGGGUGUUGAUGUCCAAGCGGCAGACAGUGGAGCAGGUGCAGAAGGUGAGCCUGGCAGUGUCUGCUUUCAAGGAUGGGCUGCGGGAUAGGCCUUCCUUCCGACGUACAGGUGAGCUUCCAGGGUCCCACCAUGGCACUGUAGAGGGCUCCGUUCAAGAGGUGCAGGAGGAGAAAGAAGCAGAGGCAAGUACCCCAGUGCUCCAAGAAGAAAGCAGUGUCAACCGUGCAGCCUGGGAGAGGCUCCGAGAUGGGCGUGGAGUAGAACCUGAGGAGUUUGACAGGACCAAUCGUUUCACACCCCCUGCCUUCAUCCGCCCCACCCGGAAGCUGGAUGAUGACAAACCUCCAGAUAUCUGCUUGGAGCCCAGAGAGCCUGUUAUCAACGAUGAGAUGUGUGAUGUCUGUGAGGUCUGGACUGCCGAAAGCCUCUUCCCAUGCAGGGUCUGCACAAGGGUUUUCCACGAUGGCUGCCUGCGCCGAAUGGGCUACCUUCACGGAGACAGUGCAGCGGAGGUGACUGAGAUGGCGCACACAGAGACAGGCUGGAGCUGCCACUACUGUGACAACCUCAACUUGCUGCUAACUGAGGAGGAAAUGUACAGCCUCACAGAGACCUUCCAGCAGUGUAAAAUCAUCCCUGAUUGCUCCCUGACGCUGGAGGAUUUCCUGCGCUACCGCCACCAAGCAGCAAAGCGAGGGGACAGAGACAGGGCUCUAAGCAAGGAACAAGAGGAACAGGCAGCUCGCCAGUUUGCAGCCCUGGACCCUGAACAUCGAGGACAUAUAGAGUGGCCUGACUUCUUGUCCCAUGAGUCCCUCCUGCUUCUGCAGCAAUUGCGUCCCCAGAACUCUCUGUUAAGGCUUCUGACAGUCAAGGAGAGGGAGCGAGCCCGAGCCACCUUCCUGACACGGGGGAGCGGGAACACUAUCAGUGAGGCAGAGAGCCACCAAGCCCAGCACUCUUGGUUCUGCAAACGCCUCGCAGAGGCUCCUUCCUGCAGUGUCAGCAUCAGCCAUGUGGGUCCGAUAGCAGAUAGCAGCCCAGCCAGCAGCAGCAGCAAGAGUCAAGACAAGGCCCUGGUACCCACAGAGCAGGAGUCCAGACUUGUGAACUGGCCUACCUUCCUGCGGGAGAAUGUCGUCUACAUCUUGGCUGCUCGCCCCAACAGCUCAGCCAUUCACCUGAAACCCCCAGGAUAGCAUGGAGCAGAGAAGCUCAAUUUGGGGACAGUGGUGUUCUCUCCCUCUGUUCCUUUUUCCCUUCCCCCACCAACAUCUAGUACUGAGACUUAGGGAGAUGGAGCACUGCCAGCAUCUCGAUUUGUCACUAAACUUUAUGGCACUGAAACUACUGUUCCCCCCACCCCCAACAGAGGCAGUGAAUACAUUGCUACAGGAAAACAGUUUGUGGGAUUUGUGGCAGCAUCCAUUCCUGGAUGACCCCCUGCCCUCACAUCACAGACUAGACCUGACUAUACACAUAUUUGCAUGGACAUGUGCGCGCGCACACACACACACACACACACACACACAUUGCUGUCCAUGCCUUCAGAGACCUGGUUCUUUUGGUUGCUAAAAGAACCAAAGUUCCUUUGUGUAGCUCCUGGUAUAGAAGAGGAGAUCUUUACUCUCCCCUUCUUUUGGCCACUUCUGAUUUUCAGUAGAUAAGUCCUUGGUCAAGUGAUUCUUAGUAAGAGGGCAUAUCAGACUCACAUGUUCUCCUGGAGAUGCUGACAAGUGCCCUCUUCCCCCAGUGAAAAUCCCUUCUGUGGUGAGCCAUUGUUCUGCUAGGUGUAUGCUAUGUCUCAGGCGUGUUGAGAUGGGAAAAUGGUUGAAAAUGACCUCUGCACUUCAACCCAUUAUUUGUUUAAAUUCUGAUUCCUGGUGUCAGAGAUGGCAACUAGUCUGUGGAGUCCUACAUUAGAAAAGGGGGGGGCAGCCCCUCCAAGAGACCCAGAACUCUAGGAACCUCUUAGCCAGAUUGUUUAAGUCCAAGAGUCUUUAGCAGAAGAGUCAAAAACAAAGGUGAGCCAUCCUGGCCCCUGUUUUCCAGAUGGGCAUUCAUGGCCCAGAGCCCAAGGGGCCUGAAUGGAACAAGUAUGUUGGCAGGAGUCCCAGACCUCUAUGUUAGAUGGUUCAGAUAAGUCAGCUACCACAGAGACCAAAGUCUGAGCUCCAGUGAAGGCAAGAUCUGGAUAGAAGAGGAGAGGAGAAGGCUCAUGCUUUUCUAUCCUUCCAGCUCAACUCAACUAUAGACUAGAAAAGAGUGCCGUUGCAUGGAGAACAAGAGCCAGCCUCUUCCACAGCCCAAGAAAGAACCACUCCAGAGAAGCCCUGAGCAGGGACUCCUUUCAGCCACCCUGACGAUGAGGACAAGAGGCUGGAGCUAAGAAGAGGAUUUGCAUCUCAGCUCUCUUGAGCAGAGAAAGUCCCAGCAAAUCCUCACAGGAGGUGGUUUCCCUUCUCCCCAUGUGGCCUGAGUUGCUGCUUCUCCCUGCUGCUCACAACAUGUUCUUCCCCACCAGGCUAGGGCCUGGGCCUGGCAUGGGAUGACUUUGAGGGCAAGCAGAGGCUGCCACAAGGCCACCAAGCCUGGCUUCUAAGCCCUAGCUGUCCCUCCCAAAUUCUCAUCAAGAUCUCAUGUCAGUGCAUGUUGUGAAUCAGCUCUGGCCCUGGGGUCCAGGUUUGUUUCCAGCCUAACGACUUAGGUUUAGCUAGAUCUGACUACCAAGAGUUAUUUGAGAGGGGGUUGGCUCAGCCAUGCAGAAGAUAACAUAUCCACAUUGCUCAAGGCCCUUGUACUAAAUUGGGUGCUUACAGAAGUAGUAGCAUACAGCUCAGCGUUGAGAUGCUCAGAGGAAAGGGAGUAAGCUGCAACCAGGGGCUUGGUAAGAGCACUGUAUGGUCAUCUCCUGUAGACACUGCCUGACCUAGAAGGAGGGUGAGAAGCUUUUGGGGUUGGGAUUAUUUAAGACUGAAAUGAAACAGAAGAUGAAUAUGGGUUAAUAUGUAUGGCCCUGAACAUUUCAAACCCACAGCGUUUUGUAAAUACUCCUUAGCCAUUUUCUCAAUACUAAUCAGUAGAAGGGCCCAUUACUCAGCCAAAAUAAAAAAGAAAGCACAUGACUCUUAGGUACAAGGACUGCAUCUGACAUAGCCAGGCCUGGGGUUUGGCACUGAGAAGAUAAAAGCACACUAAGCACAGGGGCCUUUGCUUACUCUCCUGGCAAAUCACCUUCUGUGCCAAUGGCCUUGGGCUGCUUGAUCUCACGGAAAAGGCAUUUUCAGGAGAGAUAAGCUCUGGGCUUUGAGAGCUUAACAGCUUUUUCCUCCUACCUUGUCAUAAGUCACAGGGCCUGGAAGUCCCUUUUCUUGUUCCCUGAUCCUUUACAGAUCAGGGUGAUGCCUACCUCUCUGGAGCUGCAGCUUCUAACUUUUUGUGAGUGAGUGGUGAAUGACCGUGGGGCAGAUCAGACUGGCUGGAUCCCAGGGCCUGGCAAAGUAGGCCCCAGAGUUCUUUUACAACAGAAUCAGGCCCAUUUGGGAUCAUCUGUCUCCCUUUCCUAGGAGAGCAGGCUUCCUUGGCUGGUGCAUGCUGCAGCGGGCCCAGGCGAUGCUGCUCCCAGCACAGGGUGGAGCUCCCAGUCCACAAGAGUCCUAGGAAGCAGACAAACACAGAGGAGCAACCAGCCUCUUCUCUGUAGGCACCUAGCUUUUUAUCAAAGAAGUUCCAUUGCUCCCCCGUUCCAGAGCUGCAGAAGCCCCACCCCAACCCUGUCUGGGGUCUCUCUUUGCAGUGCUGUAAUCCAUGGAAACUCUCUGCACUGUGUAUGGAGAUGUUAAAACUUUUAUAAACCCAGUGAAGCCCAUUCCCCUUCCUUUUCAAGCCUUUCCAUCACUGUGACUGUCUGAAAUUCUGCCAAGUAUAAAAAUUAGUGUCUGACUCUAUUAAGGGUAUGAGAAAAUGUUAAAGUCUUUUCUUCUCAGCUGCCCAAAAUUGAGACCAGUACUUUUCCCAGGCACCACCCACUCCAUCUCCCAAUGGGGUUACAUAAAUGCUCUGAAGACCACUUGUCCUAAGCUGUUUUUCACCCAGCAGUCUUCUUCCCGACACUCAGAUUUAAAGAUAGGGGCAUCUGGAUGACACAGUGGAGCUGCAGGGACACAGGGUCAGGUAAGCCGGUAGCUAUGGCCACAUAACCUCUCCAGGUCUGCUCCAUGGCUUCCUCUCCUGAGACCAGUGUUCCCCAAUAGAGAACAGGCUGCACUUUUGAGCAAUGGCCCCUUUGGAUCCCAGGGACAGGGAGUUCCCUCACUUACAUACUGACCUGCUGUUAAGUGCUCUUCUUCCUUUGAGGACAGCCACAGCUGAAGCCAUGAGCGCACUGCCUUUUUGUGCCCUGAGCUCAAAUGACCAGGACUGCAGGGCAGACACUGGCCUUCCUGGUCCUGGUGUGCCCUAAGGGAUGUCACCCUGGCCUUGUUUGGGUGGCCAAAUCUGGGGGUUCCCCCAUUCCUAUCACCAAUAAGGGAAGCAAAUAAAAACUGCCUGGGAAAAGGGCAGCUCGCUGCAGGAGUGAGCUAAAGAUGGUUUGGGGGCCUGUUAGCCCAAACCACAGUCUCAAUCAUUGCAGAUUUCAUAGCUUCAGUAAGAAUGGUGCAAGAAGCCCUAAAAUCAAGAGGAAAGCUCAGCAGAAGCUGUCUGGGAAGGUCCGAGGCUAGCCAUGGCCACCCAGAGCCAAAAGUACCCUCCAGGCAAGACUGGUAACAGGCUCUAGUGACCUGUAUGAAUGUCCCCUUCAAACCAGUAAAGUAAAGGCAGAUGGAUACUCAGCACUAAAAGCCAGAACAACCUUGACGCCAGGAUUUCAGGACAUCCUGGCAGCACCUGUAACUACAACCCCUUUUUGACCCUCUAUUUACAGUGGAAUAAAAUUGCUCUUUUCUCCAUGCCACUUAGUUUGAAUUUGCUGAGGAUCUCUCUGGGCCCCUGGCUGCAGACCAAACAACAGAGAUCUCCCUGAAUGGGAGGUAUUAAUGUGUCAGGCUUCUUCCCAACAGCCUUGGAGUCGGGUGGGACUGGGCAUUUUCCCUGAUGGCUUUCCUGCUGCCACUGCUUUUGGCACCCUUGAAAGGAAACAGGUUACAGAAUUUCCACUAGACUUAACUAGCACUAAGGAAACACUUCCCUCUGGGCCACAUGCCAUAAUUAUCCAGCCCAUAGAGAGGGUGUCAGGCCUGUCUGAGCCAGUGACUAAGAAGCCCAAACACAUUCCAGUUUGGAUAGUAUGGGCUGGCUUGACCACAGAUGAGAAUGUUGAGAGUAGCAAGGCCUUUUCAUAUUCAUGGUGAGACAAAGGCCUUCAAGCUUAACCUCCUCUAAGAGAUGGCCUAAAAUCUGUGUCCCAGCCAAACACAAGCUUGUGGGAGGAACUCUGAGAGCACUCAAACAACAAUUCAAGCCCUCUGGUCCCUCACGCCCUUCCUGUGUGCUUUUCUGCGCAAGGUAACUUGACAGUAAGCUGAGGGGAACAUCCCCAAGCCCUGUCUUCCCACCACUACAGCUGCAUGCUUCUCCCCAUUUCUCAGCAUUCACACCAGAAGGUGUGAUGCUCCCAUAAGCUGGGCAUGGUGGAUAUCAUAAUAAAUAGAUUGUGAUGCUA